AGCCGAGCAGCAGCCAAUUGGCAGCGCGCCGCGGUGGGGAAUAUGCCAUCACAUGGAAAGCGUUGGAUGCCCAAAGAUGCCCAAAUACUCUCUCUCUGGAUGGAUGAAUGGGGUGGGUGUAGUAUCCUGACACGUAGUUAAUGAGCGCGUAUGAUAAGGCUUUGGAGCUUUUUUUUCACCUGGGCUAAAGUAGAAAUCCUGCUAUUUUUAUCUUUUACUGGGUGUUCGUUUGGUAAAGUCUACAGGGUGUAGGAGGUGAGAAGUAGUGGCAGUGUGGUGAGUGAUUUGUGCGUUGCUUGAAUCAUGCUGAGUGGAAGCACUGAAAAUGGAAGUGGAAGACGAGGAACAAGAGCUAUGGUGGGAGGAGGGAUUUAGUUGAGCAUAACUUCUAGAACCGAGAAAGGAAAAAGAAGGAAAAAACAAUGACUUACCUCCAAUCCAAAUGCCAGUGCCACCAGCGAAGAACUCCAAGUAAGUAGCCGAGCAGGGGAGUCGCGUUCCUUCGUCCUGCCUGCUAGGAAGGAGAUCGAUCGAUCGAUCGAGAAGAAGAGUAAAAAGAGAAGAAGAAGAGAUCAUACCAUCACUGCUGCUGGUGGUGUUGCUGCUGCUACCGGGAGGAACCAUCUCCCCCCUUGAAUCCCCUUCUUGCUUCUCGUCCUCCAAACUCAUUGAUUGUACCGAGAGCCUUUAAAGUCCCCUGCUUUGCUCGUCUCUGGAGUUCUUCGAGGAUGGGCGAUGCGAAUCCUCACACUGCUGUCGCUGCUGCUGCUGCUACUGCCACUGCCACUGCUGCUACAAAUGAGAAUGCAGUCGACGACGUCCACAAGAUAUCUCGCCUCUCCUCUGUCGUCCCCAAUGGAGUGAUCAUCAAAGCUUCCCAGGUCGCCAUGGACUCGCCUUACAAGUCCCCCCGCCUCCGGACUUACGAGAUCGAGGUCCGGAACCUUUACUACAAGAUCAUCAAGCGGACCGACCGGAGCGGCUGCUUCCCUGGAGCUCGAUUCUUCCAACGCCACCAUCACCACCACCACCACCACCGUCGCCACCACCACCACCAGGCCAGGUACAUUCUUAGGAACGUUAGCUGCGUAGCUAGGCCCGGAGAGAUUCUAGCAGUAGCAGGACCCAGUGGAGCCGGCAAAUCCACAUUGCUCGAGGUUCUCGCCGGGAGAAUUCACCCAAGUCACGGACCAUCUUCGUCCGUGAGCACCGUCAGCCCCAAGAACAGCAGCAUUCUCGUCAACAACCAGCCGAUCGACUUCGAGCACUUCCGGCGCGUCUCCGGCUACGUCAUGCAGCACGACGCGCUGUUUCCACUGCUCACGGUCCACGAGACGCUGCUCUUCAGUGCUCAACUCCGGCUGCCUUCGUCGCUCCCCAAGGCCGAGAAGGCGGCCCGAGUUGAAGCUCUCAUGGGAGAGCUCGGGCUCCUCCACGUAGCCGGCUCGCGGAUCGGCAACGAGAACGUCCGGGGCGUGUCGGGUGGCGAGCGGCGGCGAGUUUCCAUCGGAGUUGACGUGAUCCACGACCCGGCUGUUCUUCUCCUGGACGAGCCAACAUCCGGACUGGACAGUGCUGGAGCGCUCCAAGUUAUCGGGAUGCUCAACAACAUGGCGGAGUCACACGGCCGGACAAUAAUUCUCAGCAUCCACCAGCCUGGUUUCCGGAUCCUCCAGCUGAUCCACAACAUCCUGCUGCUAGCGAACGGAGCCGUCAUCCACCAUGGUUCUAUCGGCCUGCUCGCGACCAGGCUCCAGGAGGCCGGCCACCGGAUCCCCCAGCAAGUGAACGUUCUCGAGUAUGCCAUCGACACCAUCGACCUGUUCGAAGCCGAGAAGAGUGGCAUUAUCGGAAGCACAACUCUGGGAACGACGAGGAGUAAAGUUGGCCUCCAAGGAUCGCUCCAGGACCUGUUCCUUAUGUCCGGCCAGCUGAAUGGAGAUCAUGAUCCUGCUGCCGCUGCUAGUGCUGCUGCUGCUGCCGCCGCCGCUGCUGGCGAUGGCGGUGACGUCGAAAUGGCGCUGGACGAAGUCACCUCCGAGGUGUCCGACGUAAACUCUCCGGGCCCCGAGGAGACGCACCUCGACUACGCGAACUCUCGGUUCCAGGAGAUCAUGGUUCUGUCCAACCGCUUCAGCAAGAACAUCAUCCGGACGAGGCAGCUCUUCGCGGCACGGACGCUCCAGGCUGCGGUGGCCGGUCUCGGGCUUGGCUCGAUCUUCUUGCGACUGUCCCACAACAAGGGAGGAAUCCAGGAACGCUACGGCUUCUUCGCGUUCACUCUCACGUUCCUGCUGUCUUCGACCACCGAGGCGCUUCCGCUCUAUCUCCAGGAGAAGCAGAUCCUCAUGAGAGAGACGUCCCGAGGCGCGUAUCGAGUCUCCUCGUACGUGAUCUCCAACACUCUCGUCUUCCUCCCGUUCCUGCUCGUCUGCUCCUUGCUCUACUCGGCUCCAACGUACUGGCUGGUCGGACUGAACCCGUGCAUCUCGUCCUAUCUCUUCUUCGUGCUCGUUGUGUGGCUCAUUGUCGUCAUGGCCAACUCCUUCGUCGCCUUCUUCAGCGCUCUCGUCCCGAACUUCAUCAUGGGCUACUCCCUCAUCUCCGGCAGCAUCGGGGCCUUCUUCCUCUUCUCUGGAUACUUCAUCGCCAAGGACAGCAUCCCGGAGUACUGGAUCUUCAUGCACUACAUCUCGCUGUUCAAGUACCCUCUGGAUGCGCUGCUCAUCAACGAAUACUCGUCGCCACCGAACAAGUCGAGCUGCUACGGAGAGAUGGUGGCUGGAAAGUGCACGCUCUCGGGUCGCGACGUGCUCGUCCAGGCUGCUCUCGAGAACGACAGCAAGUGGCUCGACGUUGGUGUCAUGAUCGGCUUUGCGAUUGCGUACCGCUGCCUGUGCUGCCUCGUGCUGGGGCUCAAGACGAGGCAGAAGAAACAGUAGCUUAGCUUUGUUGGUCAGUAGCACAUGAACGCAUUCCUUGUGCUUUCGAGUUCUAGUUCUUGUCGCUGCGAUCGAUUGUCAGCCUGCCAACUUAGAAAGCAAUUCUUGCUGGAUACCUCUUUACAACUGUA